AUGGGGUGGAAUCCGUCACACGAGCUGAUUGUGUUUCUCGUCAUCUGCGGAUGUGUGGUGUUUGUCUUCAUAGGAUACGCCUUGGCUCGACUGUACGGAGGCGACACCUUCGACGGGCCUGGGUUGCCGGGGAUGACGCCGGAGCAGGCCUCAUACAUGCGAGAUGUCCGACUGCGAAACCGGGAGGACAUGUUCCAUGCUCUGCAGGGCAUGGAGAAGGGACAUCGGGGGAUGGGGAUAGGACGAGACAAGGUCUCGUCGCACCGAACACGAUAUCGCCGGACGAUUACGAACAUUACGAGCACGAACUAUACCGAGGUCCUCUAUUUGCUUCAUAUGAGACGCAACGAUCACUUGAGUUACGAUGACGGAUUGGAAUUGAAGGCGUGGAGACAGAGUCGGUUCACAACGCACAUUCUCGCUGGGUCAGGUUUUUAUUGGCGUCUAUAG